CUCGCAGUUUCAUCUCGCGGUAACACCAAGAUCGGUUAGUAUGCAGCUAGCUCAUUAGCUGACUCCAUCGUUUCCAGCUUUCGUGUCAACCUGAAAACAUUGGACUAAGAUAGACACAGAAGCCAAUUUGACAGCGGAACGCUUUGAACAUCCAGGCUGUAAGGACAGGUGGGACAAUGCCGCAUAAUUUCCAGGCCGGAGACCUGGUCUUUGCUAAAAUGAAGGGAUACCCCCACUGGCCAGCUAGGAUUGAAGAUGUGGCUGAUGGAGCUGUGAAACCACCACCUAAUAAAAUCCCUAUUUUCUUCUUUGGGACACAUGAAACAGCAUUCCUGGCAGCAAAAGACCUCUUCCCUUAUGACAAGUGCAGAGAGCGCUACGGCAAGCCCAACAAAAGAAAAGGAUUCAAUGAAGGUUUAUGGGAGAUCCAGAACAAUCCACAUGCCUCCUACAGUGCCCCACCUGCACAGGCUAACUCAUCUGACAGUGAGGGCAAUGAAGCAGCAGGAGGAGGAGGAAGUGACGAGGAGGAUGAAGACGAAGACCCCCCAGUUCCUCAAAAACCUGACUCCGGCAGCGAGGACGAGUCCGAUUCUGCGAGUGACGACAGAGGGAGGGGAGGUGGGAUAAAGCGAAAGCCGCAGCCUCCCAAGCGGCCACCUCCUCCGAAAAAACCACGCGGCUCCUCCAGUGAUCAAGACGAAGAGGAGAGCGGAUCCCCCUCUGAGUCAGAACCCACAGCUUCAGAGUCUGACUCUGGCAAAAACAGUGACAAGGAUUUUACUCCAGAGAAGAAGUCUGGUGGACGAGGUGGAAAGAAAGCAGGAGGCAGAGGGAAGAAGAAGAAGGGAUCUUCCGACUCAGAUUCAGAAUCUGGAUCAGCGUCAGAGAAGAAAGCAGCAGACAGCGACUCUGAGGAUGAGAAGCCACGGCCAGCUCUGUCCGACUCCGAGUCCCGGUCCGACUCCAAGUCUGAGUCAGAGUCUGAUCCACCUCCCCGCAGCAAGGGCCCGCAGCCUCGUAAGAAAGAGAAAGCAGCUCCGAAGCCUCGAGCAAGAAAACCCAAACCUGCACCAGCAAAACGAGCUCCGCCAUCAUCCUCCGACAGCGACAGUGACAGUGAACCCGACCGCAUCAGUGAAUGGAAGAAACGCGAUGAGGAGCGCAGACGAGAGCUUGAGGAGCGGCGGAAAAAGGAGGAGGCAGAAGAGCUCCGCCGGCUACGUGAGAGAGAGAAGGAGGAAGACGAGAAAAAGAAAAAAGACAAAGAUAAGAGCAAAAAAGGGCAUGACAGUGAGAGCAGUAGUAGUUCAGAUGAAGGUAUAGACGAUCACCCUCUGAAGAAGUCCAAGAAACCCCCUCCGCCUCCGAUCCCUGCGCCCUCAGACUCUGAUUCUCCAGCGGAGGUGAAAAAGACACCAAAGAAGGUAGACAAACAGAAGGCAAGAAAAAAGAAAGAGAAGGAAAGAAAAGAAAGGAAAGAGAAGGAGCUGAAAGAGAAGAAAGCUAGACGGGCAGAGGAGAAGUCCAGAGCAAGGUCUAAGCCUGAAAAACGCAGACCAGAGAGGCAUCCAGAGAAGAAGGUGGAAAAGAAAAAAGAGCCGUCACCAGAGGAAAGGCUACAGAAACUCCAUACAGAUAUCAAAUUUGCACUUAAAGUGGACAACCCAGACAUUGACCGAUGUCUAAAAGCACUCGAAGAGCUUGAAAAUGUACCUGUGACCAGCCAGAUACUCCAUAAAAAUGCUGAAGUUAUUGCCACACUAAAAAAGAUUCGCCGGUAUAAAGCCAGUGCUGCUGUAAUGGAGAAGGCCAGCGACGUCUACAACAAGUUAAAACUUCGCUUCGUGGGAAAACCAGAGCUGGCAGCUAAACCUGAAAUGGAGAAUAAAGAAACGGAGAAUGAUGAAAAGCAGGCACAAAACACUGAAUCCACAGCAGUGAAUGGAGAAUCAGAGGAGAAAAAAGGUGAUGCAGAGGAAGAGAAAAACCCCAAAUCACCUCUGAAAGAGGAGAACAAUGACGGCCCAGGUUCAAGUCCAAACAGGCCCGGCUCAGACAGCCCAGCUCAACAACAGACACCCCCAUAUGAGGAAGCUGACGGCCCCGUCUCAGCAGAGCCAGAACCGGCCUCUGUAGAAACCUAAAAGACUCUCUACAACCCCGGCAGCGGACCAAGUGCUAAAAGACGGUGGCCUCUGCUUGAAGAUCAGACACUGCUCCUGGCAAAGCAGCAUCGCCACAUGCACCCAGCAUUUCCUACAGCUCCUGUUACAAAAAAAUAGUUGAUGUUCUGGACUUUUUUGUGGUACACUGAUAACAAAUCAGAAAGCCAUCCAUUCAGUCCGUUUGGUCCAUUAUUUCUCACUUCUAGAUGAAAGUUUUCUUUUGUUUCUGAAUUUUCUUCUCAUUUUGUUCAAUGUUCAACUUAAACUCGAGCUCCUGCCUUGUCGUCUGUCUACCACGUGGACUUCUUUCAAUCUGCCCAUACAUAUGAAAAGAAAUCACAUUUUUUUUUUAGCUCUUGUAACCAGAAUGAAAUGGAACAAUACUUAUUUUAAGAAGAGACCAGGAAGACUGGGGGAGAAAUUCCUUAUCUGUUUCUUUAAGGAUUUUUGUGUAAACCCUUACAUCUGCCUGCUUUAUUUUAUAAAGCCUGCCAAACAUCACUAAGGCCUCUCGUCUGUGUGUGUGUGGCAUUGCCAGAGUGGUACAGUACUGUUUGUGAGUCUUUUAUGUUAGGUAUUUUAAAUAUCUGCUCUAAUUCCAGUUGAUACAGUCUGAAAUGUAAAGAGCCACUAAAAAGCUGUUUUCUAACUGAGGUCCACCUUCUUUUUAUUGCCUUGUUUUCAUAGGAUCACAGUUUUGUCUUUAAAAAUUAUCGCUGUGCAGUUAAGCACCAUGCACUCUCCCCGUUGGUGUCUGCUUUCAGUGGAUCAUGAUGAAUUGGGGUGAAAAAAACUGAAAGCUUUGGAGAUCCCAUGUAGCUGCAGCCUAUUUCAAUAUUUUUUUUAUGUGCAUACGUUGUGUGUUUUUAGUGCUAUGUAAAUUGGUAAAGCGUUUCUAUGACGUAGUUGAGACUUGAAUAAAAAUCUCAGCAUGUUCA